CCUGAUUGCAACUUUUAACUUCCGGUUCCGCCACGCGAAACGAAAAUGGGAAAAGUUAAAAAAGCAAAAAUGACCCGACCUGGUGGGCUUUCUCUUGCAGAUCAGGUAUUGGAUGACAACAAUGUAAAACAAUCUAGCAGAACAAAGAUCAGAAGAAAGGAAGAAAAAGAUGACGAGUAUGUAGAUGAUAAACUGUCAAAAAAGAUUUUGGAUCAAGCAAGAAAACAGCAAGAAGAGUUAGAAGAGGAACAUGGGGCAACCAGCAGCAUUGCAGCAAAGAAGCCUCAACAAAUUCAGUUGGGCAGGGCUAGACUGAAGGGGGCGGAGUCUGAUGAGGAGGAAUCUGAUGAGGAGGAGGAGCAUGAAGAAUUUUAUGAACAGAUUGAAGUAAAUGAUGAAGAUGAAGAAGCCCUGGCAAAGUUCAUGUCCCAUAAUCCUCCAGCUAGACGCACACUGGCCGAUAUCAUACAGGAAAAACUUACAGAGAAGAAAACAGAAAUUCAGAGCCAAAUGACAGAUAAUGCCAGUGUACAGUUAGAUCAGCUGGAUGAAAGAUUGGUCAAUAUGUACAAAAGUAUCAGGCAGAUUCUACAGAGAUAUCGUAGUGGAAAGUUACCCAAAGCUUUCAAAGUUAUACCUUCCCUUAGAAACUGGGAACAGAUAUUAUAUCUAACAGAGCCAGAGACAUGGUCUGCAGCAGCUAUGUACCAGGCAACCAGAAUAUUUACUUCUAAUCUAAAUGCCAAAAUGGCUCAAAGAUUUUUUAACUUGGUUUUGUUACCUAGGAUAAGGGAUGACAUAUCUGAGUACAAGAGAUUAAACUUUCAUUUAUACCAGGCACUUAAAAAGGCUUUAUUCAAACCAGCUGCUUUCUUCAAAGGAAUUUUAUUGCCACUUUGUGAGGCAGGGAAUUGUACAUUAAGGGAAGCUGUGAUAAUUUCAAGUAUUCUAAUGAAGAACUCUAUCCCGAUGUUACACUCGGCGGCGGCCAUGUUGAAAAUUGCGGAGAUGGACUACAAUGGCGCUAACAGUAUAUUUAUCAGAGCACUGUGCGAUAAGAAGUACGCAUUGCCAUACAGAGUCGUUGAUGCUUUGGUCUUCCACUUUGUAAGGUUCACAACAGACAAGAGAGAGCUGCCUGUAUUAUGGCAUCAAAGUAUGUUAACAUUUGUACAAAGAUACAAAGAAGACAUCUCUAGUGAGCAGAAAGAGGCAAUGAUGGAACUUUUACGUGUACAUUCUCACGAACUUAUCACCACUGAGGUGAGAAGAGAAUUGGCGCACUCGAAGUGUCGGGAUUUAGAAGUGGGGGACGGGGGAGGGACAAGAAUGUAUGUGGGGGACUGAUUGACAAUUUUUUAUCUUGACUGUUUGAAAAAUAGGGAGAGCUGUUGUGAUCACCUUGGCAUAGGUCUGGUGUAACACUUUGGUUAAGUUUCUGCUUGCAAGUUGGUACAUGUGUCUUGAAAACUAUUGAAGGGAAUAGGUUGAAACUAUUUGAAAAAUAGGGAGAGCUAUUGUACUCACCUAGGUGUCGGUGUCACAGGUUGGUUGAAGCAGCAUGCCUCCAGAUUCAUGCUUAUUUUCAUGAACAAUUUUGAAAAAGUAUUUGAAUGUGUAAUAUUGUGAAGUUAUCAAAAGAAAGCAAUUUACACAUUAUCAAUGGCACUUACAAACCACGUAAAUUACCAAAAAGUGGUCAAAAUAUGCAUAAAUAGCCUUUACUGCAUUAGUAACGCAGUAGAAAUAAAGUUGUAAAUACUGAAAAAUCAGUCAUUAAUCGCACAUAGUAUGUAAAAUAUAACUUGAAUCUUGAAACUUUUUACUUUUCCUUACAUCUUAGUACAUUUUUCUCAAGUUUGAUUUUAUUGAAAUAUUUGACUCAUCAGGAGGCAUGUAGCUUUAAGUUUCUGCUUGCAAGUUGGUAUCUCGGAAACUACUGAAGCGAAUUGGUUGAAACUUAAGACAUAAUAGGAGGUCACAUGUGAAGUCUCAUAAUUCUCACAUGGAUUAUGACAGAAUUAUGGCCCUUUAAGUUUUUUGAACUCUACAUUACCCAGAAUCUUAUUUUUACUGUCAAACACUGAGAAUAGUCGAGUAUGCUGUUCGACCACCAGCUCUUUUUUACCUUUGUUUU